CUCUCUCUCUCUGCUCUGCUCUGCAUCACCGUUUUCCAUCAAUCCCGCUCUCUCUCACACACACACACAUUCAUUCUUCAAACUCAAAUCAACAAACAUCUUUUCAUUUUCAAAAAAAUAAUCCAAAUUGAAUAUCAGAAAUCCAAAAAGUUAAGGGUACCCCACAAAAAAAAUCACUGUUUUUGCUGAUAAUCACCAUUGGUGACUUGUUUGUUUCCUUCAUCUUCACCAUUUGCUUCACGGACACACUCAUCAAACACCCUUUAAACACGGUGUGACGGUUUCCUACACACCAUUAAAUUCCUUUCAAUGAAGGUUGUGGUGGUGGUAGAAGCAGUGAGAAUAAAGUAACGGCUAUUUCUGGGGACAAGUUUAUGUGCUUCAAAGUUUAGAACUUUUUGUUUUAGAGAGAUACCCAGAUGGAUUUUACGUCGUUUCUCACGUCCCUUGGGACAUCCUUUGUGAUAUUCGUGGUUUUGAUGAUUGUGUUUGCUUGGUUAUCUAGUAGGCCUGGUAACCUUGUUGUUUACUACCCCAACCGGAUCCUCAAGGGCUUGGAACCCAUGGAAGGUGGUAAAAAGACCAGAAACCCUUUCUCUUGGAUCAAGGAGGCUGCAUCUUCUUCUGAAAGAGAUAUUAUUGCCAUGUCUGGGGUUGACACUGCUGUCUACUUUGUCUUUCUCAGCACAGUGUUGGGCAUCCUAGUUAUAUGCGGCGUUGUUCUACUACCGGUUCUUCUGCCCGUUGCUGUUACUGAUGAUGGAGGGAAGUCACAAACAACAAGCAAAGGGACUUUCGGUGAGCUUGACAACUUAUCAAUGGCAAACAUAAGAGCAAGGAGUGCAAGGUUGUGGGCAUUUUUUAUUGGCUGCUAUUUGGUUUCACUUGUUACACUUAUACUCUUGUGGAGGGCUUAUAAACACGUGUUGUGGUUACGAGCUGAAGCUAUUAAAUCUCCUGAUGUGAAGUCUGAACAAUUUGCUGUAGUUGUGAGAGACAUACCUCCUGUUCCUGAAGGUCAGACUAGGAAGGAACAGGUUGACUCUUACUUUAAAGCCAUAUAUCCUGAGACAUUUUACAGAUCUAUGAUUGUAACAGACAACAAAGAGGUGAACAAGAUUUGGGAGGAGCUAGAAGGGUAUAAGAAGAAGCUUGCCCGUGCUGAAGCAGUAUAUGCAGGAUCAAAAACAACUGCCAAACCAGAAGGUACAAGACCUAUGAACAAGACUGGAUGCCUUGGACUUAUUGGUAAAAAGGUGGAUAGCAUAGAGUUUUACAAUGAAAAGAUUAAUGAAUUUGUUGCAAAAUUGGAAGCUGAGCAAAAGGUCACACUCAGAGAAAAACAGCAAGCUGCUGCUCUGGUCUUUUUCUCAAAUAGGAUAGCUGCGGCAUCUGCAGCUCAGAGUUUGCAUGCACAAAUGGUUGAUACAUGGUCAGUCUUUGAUGCUCCUGAACCCCGACAACUAUUAUGGCCUAAUUUGAAAAUCAAGUAUUUUGAGAGAGAGCUGAGGCAGUACGUGGUGUAUGUGAUUGUUGCACUGAUGAUACUCUUUUACAUGAUCCCGAUAACAUUUAUAUCUGCGGUUACAACUUUGAAGAAUUUGGUGAAAAUUCUCCCAUUCAUAAAGCCAAUUGUGCGCAUUACAGUUUUGAGGACAGUGUUGGAAGCUUACCUCCCGCAACUUGCACUGAUUAUUUUCUUGGCAAUGUUGCCCAAGUUGCUUCUGUUUUUGUCUAAACUUGAAGGCAUUCCAACUGAAAGUCAUGCAGUUAGGGCUGCAUCUGGAAAAUAUUUUUAUUUCACUGUGUUGAACGUUUUCAUUGGAGUGACCAUAGGUGGAACCUUGUUCAACACAUUCAAGACAGUUGAGGAACACCCUAACAAACUUGUGUCUAUGUUAGCUGCAAGCCUCCCUGGCAAUGCGACUUUUUUCUUGACCUACGUGGCUCUCAAAUUUUUCGUUGGCUAUGGCCUUGAACUGUCCCGAAUAGUUCCUCUUAUCAUAUACCAUUUGAAGAGAAAGUUUGUUUGUAAGAAUGAAGCUGAGUUGAAAGCUGCUUGGGCUCCUGGAGAUCUUAGUUAUGGAACUAGAGUUCCUGGUGACAUGCUGAUUGUCACAAUUGUCUUAUGUUACUCUAUUAUUGCUCCUCUGAUAAUCCCAUUUGGUGUUCUCUAUUUUGGCCUAGGAUGGCUUAUACUGCGAAAUCAGGCACUCAAAGUAUACGUACCAUCUUAUGAAAGCUAUGGAAGAAUGUGGCCCCACAUAAACAACCGUAUACUUGCAGCUUUGAUAUUGUACCAAAUUACCAUGCUUGGGUACUUCGGGGUGCAGCAAUUCCUCUAUGCGCCAUUGUUGAUUCCUCUUCCCCUAUUGUCCUUGGGCUUUGGUUUCGUGUGUGCAAAGAAAUUUUAUCCCUCUUUUCAACAUCCAGCACUAGAGGUUGCAGCUCAUGGGCUUAAGGAAGUUCCCAACAUGGAAUUGGUUUUCAGAUCUUUCAUUCCACCAAGCUUGAGUUCAGAGAAGAUUGAGGAUGACCAGUUUGAAGAUGCAUCGUCUCAAGUUUCAAGAUCAACUUCAUUUGUUUGAUGUACUCAACUGGCUUUUACUUGUGGUAGUCUUGUAGUGAUACUUUUAGAUGUUUUAUUAAUUGUUGAUAACACGUUUUUAGGAACCAGGAGUGUGGACUGCUUGUGAAUGUGGUUGAUUAUAUAAGAUUGGUAGGAAGCUUGGUACUGUUAUCAUACAAUGUUUGUUCAACUUGUAUAAUAGAUGUCUAGAAAUGUUACAGUGUUCUCUAUAAUUCAAGGCAUUUUUUUCCUAA